AUGGAACCUUUUAAAAGCAAGUCCAAGAUUCUCAAGGACAGCCGACGUUUCCAGCAGCUCCUGAACCACUACGCUGCGACUGGUCGGACUGGUCGCUGGCGCUCAGCCGCUACGCUGCUGGGAAACUUUGCUCGACAUCGAGAACUUCAGCCAGAUCUUCAACUCUUCAACUCCUUGAUCAACGUCUGUGGAAAAUCCAGCAGGUGGUGUGAAGCCCUCAGGUAUUUUCAGCUCAUGGGCCACGUGCAGUUGGAGAUCUCCAGUGUGACGUACAAUACGGUGCUAUCACUGGACCUGAAAGAUGCCUGGCCCCGUGCCUGGCAUCUGCUGCCUCACGCGGACCUGCUGGGCUGCAAUGCUGCGCUGGGCGGCUGCGGGGCUUGGGGGGCUUGGCAGCGCGCUGAAGGCCUGAUGAGGUCGAUGAACCACUUGCAGCCAGAUGUUGUGACGUACGUUGCCGUCAUGAAGAGCCAACAGAAAGCCAAGCUGUGGCAAAACGCAGCGGACAUGUUGCAGGGACUGCGCAAUCUGCGGCCCACGGUGCUCUGUUGGAGCGUGGCAGCUAUUGGGCCGUGGCAUGAAGCAUUGGGAAACGUGCAGCUGAUGAGAUCACAGGUCUUAGCCAGUUCAGUGGUCACGCUGAGCGCCGUCAUCACGUCCCUGGCCGAAAGUGCCACCGGGUGGAAGGAAGCCCUGCAGAUCUUGGCAGAUGCUCCGCUGGUCCAGGUGGAGCCCAACGUCAUCAGCUACAACGCCAGCAUCUGCGCCUGUAGCACCGCAGCUGAGCCUUGGAGGAAGGCCUUGGAGCUGGUGCCGAGGGAGGCGAACCUGGUAACGUUUAACUCAGCCAUCAGUGCCUGCAGUGCAGCCGGCGAAUGGCAAUGGGCCAUGGUGUUGUUGAAGGAGUUGGAGUUGAGGAACCUUCAAGGCGAUAGCUUCACCCUAAAUGCUGCCAUUGCAUGUGAAGCGCGUUGGACUGAGGCCUUGGAGUUGUUAAGACUGGCAGAUGCAGCACGGCUGGCAGAUGUGAUCAGCUAUAGCAGUUGCAUCAGCGCUCUGGAGAAGGCCCUGCAGUGGCAGAAGGCUUUGGAACUGUUCUUUCUCAUGACUGAGCGCACCAUUUCUCCGAACUUGAUUAGCUGCAAUGCUGCAAUCAGCGCAUGUGAGAAAUGCGGUGUUUGGCAGCUGGCCCUUCUGCUGCUGGCUGGGUCUCACACUCUUCGGCUGCAGCUUGAUGUGAUCUCCUUCAAUGCGAGCCUCAGCGCCUGCGAAAAUGCCUCGGAGUGGGAACAUGCCCUGGCACUCUUGGCUGAGCUUCACGGAACAUCGCUGAGAGCAACAUCGAUGACCUACAACGUGGCCAUGAGCGCGUGCAGUCGUCCGCGAUGGCGAAAGGUGGUGAUGCUUCAGCAGGAGAUGAGGCACCAGGCGCUGGAUCUGAACCUCAUCACCUUCAAUGUGGCCAGCGUUGGCGACUGGCAGCGUUGCUGCAGGCUUUGGGAGGAGAUCUCAUUGAGGCACUUGGAAGCAGAUGCGCUGACCUUUCAGAAGCUCCUGAAAGCGAUGGAGGAGCAUCUUCCAGGCAUACCAAAAGUCUUGGCAGAUCUGAAGCGCACAGCACUGUUGUUUCACGCCCAGAGAAGCACUGCUUCCGCGGUGACGCACCAAAUGUGA